AUGCUAUACUCACUCACUCUUUCAUUGCCGCUCUUGCUGCUCCCAUUGGGUGUGCAAGCCGCAACAGAGACCGUCCAUGGUGCCGUUAUCUUCUCUCGUCAUGGCGACCGCUCAGCAAAAGUCUUUCCACCAACAAAACUUACAACACUCGGCAAGAACCAGCUAUACGACUCUGGGGAGUUCUAUCGUUCGCGAUACAUUGACAAUUCCUCGACUGUGAUACCAGGUAUCAGCUACCGAGAAUUCAACAGCGCACAGCUCUACGCAGAGGCGCCGGACCAGAACCUCCUGGUAACCUCUGGCCAGGCAUUCCUCCAGGGCCUCUACCCUCCCAUCACCGGCUCAUUCGCAGCUGUCACUACUGAAACUCUGGCAAACGGCUCCAUUAUCUCUCUACCACUUGCUGGUUACCAGUACACAACUAUCCAUACUGUCUCUGAAAGCGAUCCAUCCACAAUUUGGCUCAAGGGUGAUGAUGGAUGCCCUGACUUUACAGCAAAAAGCGAGGAGUUCUACCUUUCCGAACAGUAUCUUCAUCUUCAAGACACCACAAAAAGCUUUUAUGAAUCCUUCUCGGAUAUCCUGGAGGGCGUUUUCUCGUCAAGCCAAUUGAGCUACCACAACGCAUAUGCCAUCUAUGACUACAUCAAUGUCGGCUCGAUCCACAAUACCACAAUUGCAAAUGCCGUGUCCUCAGAGCAGCUCUUUCAAUUGCGUACUCUAGCCGACUCCCACGAACUAGGGCUGAACGGAAACAUAUCAAGCACCUCUACCGUCGCACUUAUCUCCGGGCGCACUCUCGCAAACAAGAUUAUAACACAGCUAUCCACAAUUAUUGAUUCUAAGGGCGAGGAUAAUAAGCUCUCCUUACUUCUUGGGUCUUACGACACAUUCCUCUCCUUCUUUGCACUCACAGGCUUGUCCGCUGCCUACGAGAACUUCACUGGUAUUCCAGACUACGCUUCGACACUUGCGCUUGAGCUUCUCUCCUACCAAGACAACGCCGCAUUCCCGGCAAACAUUGAAGAUCUCUACGUACGAUUCCUUUUCCGCAACGGCACUAGCAGCGAUAUCAAGGAAUAUCCUCUCUUUGGAAACACUGAGGUGGUGAUCUCAUGGAACGAUUUUAGCGAGAAGAUGGUAAACAUCGCCGUCGAUUCGGUAUCAGAAUGGUGCACGUUGUGUAGUUCAGACGAGUCAAUCUGCUCCAGUGACAGGUCUGUCGACACCGCGGAUACCGCGGACACCAGGUCUGGUGGAAUUUCAAAGGCUGUUGCCGGUGUUAUUGGUGCACUAGUCGCAUUGGCCGCUAUGGGGCUUGUUCUUGCAGUUGCAAUGAUUGGAUGCGGAUUGAGAUUCGUGUCGAGAAAGCACAACACGGAUGCAGUUGUGUCGGGCGGGGUUCAGAAAUCCGCGAUGGGUGAUUCCGAUUCGGAACGCAGCGUGAACGCAGUCUUUCCGAACAAGGUUUAA